UAGAAACUUACCACACCAACCCACCGCUGGUAUAAAUACUCACCCUCGAAGAAAUCACACGCUAUUCACAAGAAAAUCACAAAAUCUCAUCCCAGAUUGAAGAAUCCAAUGGCGGGAGUUCGAAGCAAGAUGUUCGUCGUGCUACUUUGCUCGAUUUUUCUAGUUGCACCUUUCGCUGAUGCCAUAGAUGUCAAAUACUGCAAAAAGAGCAACAAUUAUGAUGUGAAGGUGAGUGGAGUUGAGAUCACCCCUUCCCCAAUAACAAGAGGAGUAGACACCACCUUCGCCAUUUCUGCAUCUACAGAUACACCUAUCUCUGGAGGGAACCUUGAGAUUUCAGUUUCAUAUUACUUCUUGAGUGUCUACAGUGAAACCAGUGACAUCUGCACAAAAACAUCUUGCCCUAUUGAUGCUGGUGACUUUGAAAUUUCUCACACCCAAUCACUUCCUUCAGUAACUCCACCUGGUUCAUAUACACUCACCAUGAAGAUGAAAGAUGCCAACAAUAAGGAGUUGACAUGCAUCACGUUUGAUUUCAGCAUUGGGUGGUAUGCAUCUGAGGCACAAGUGGCAUCCAUUUAAGUGUUUGGAAAUCUGUUUUCUUGAAAGGUUUACUAAUAAACUGAUACUGUAGUAGAACUUUUUUUUUUUUUUGUUCUGUACUAUGUUAAGUAGUUUGUCUGUAUAAACUGGUCUUUUAUGGUUACUACGUUUGUAUGGUAAGAAUAAUCUUUCGUCUAAUGUUGAAGUCACACACAGCAUGAACAAAAUCUAUUU